AUGAAAAUCAAAAGCGUUUUGGAGAAAACAGUCAAUCCGAACCACAAAGACCAGAGCACACGUCUUGAUGAUGCUUUGUGGGCAUACCGCACUGCAUACAAAACUCCAAUUAAGAUGUCUCCAUACCACAUUGUUUUUGGAAAGCCAUGUCGAUUACCCGUUGAGUUGGAGCAUAGAGUCUAUUGGGCAAUCAAGCAGUUCAACAUGGAUCUAAGUGAAUUGGGAAAGAAGAGGAAGCUUGACAUACAAGAACUUGAGGAGACCCGUAAUGAAGCAUAUGAGAAUGAAGUCCUUUACAAAGAAAGGACAAAAUCCUACCAUGACAAGAUGAUUGCAUGCAAGGUAUUUGAAAAAGAUCAAAAUGUAUUACUCUACCAUUUUCAUUUUAAAUUGAUUUCUGGUAAAUUAAGGUUCCGUUGGGUGGGACCAUUUGUUGUCACUAAUGUUUUUGAGCAUGGUGCAAUAGAAAUCACAAGUGAAAAAACCGGGAAGAUCUUUAAGGUAAACGGUCAUCGUUUGAAGCCUUAUGAUGAAGGAUUUCAAGUAAAAAAUGAAGAAGUGGAGGAAGUAACAGAUCCAAAGUACCAAGAUUGA